CAUCUUCUUGGCCGCAAGAAUUAAAAACAUUUAAAGCACGGUACCGAAAUUUUAAAUCAUGGAUAUACAUACUUCUGGUUUUACUGACUUACUACAGCAAGCAGAACAACUCACAGCUGAUAUUGAUGGGGAGGGUGAAUUGCCACGAGUAGAAAGAAACCUACGACAAAUUGUGGAUGCUGGUCAGCAACUAUGGUCUCGAACUACGCAAGCCACUAGCAAAGAUACAUGCGAUAUAAAAGCAUCCAUUCUUUUAGGAAGUAAAGGUUAUGAUUUACCGAAAAUAUCACAAAAAUUGGAAUCUCUAAGCACAUCUAGAACAUUUGAACCAAUUGAACCCAUACGUGAGACUGAUAUUCAGGGAUUUCUAAAAAAUGAGCGGGAAAAUGCCAUGCUUUCUGUUAUAGAGGAAUCAAAAUUAUCGACAUUUGAAAGAGCUGAUAAAGUAUUUUGGGAAACUUUAGAAAGUGAAUGGGAGCAAGAAAAGCAAAAAAUACUUACUGCUUUAGUUGGACCUUCGCAUGAGUUACUUGAUGUGUCUACUGACAAUAAAACUUAUUUAAGUGAAACAAUCAGCUUGAAGACCAGAAGUGCUAUGGACAAUGUUGAAAUGAUAUAUGCUAAAGAGCUAUCUUUAUACAAUGAGCUAUCAGUUAGAGGAGGUACUAAAUGUGAUCUCUCAAAUAAAUUUUUUAAUAUCUUUAAGGAAAUGGAUGAUAAGAAGGUCAUGGCAGUUUGGGAAAUGGUGAGAAUAAUGACUGAUGUACCUUUAAAGGCUGACAAAGACGUUUUAUCCGCUAGAAAUUCGCUUCUAAUGCAGACUUCAUUGAUAAAGCAAGCACGAAUUUAUCUGGAAAAGAAAUAUUUUGAAUACAUUCAAGCUAUUGUCUAUGGAAAUUUACAGCAGGCUGAAUUAGGGCCAAGACCUGGAGCGUAUUACAUUGUAAGAAGCUAUUUGAAACUGAAAUAUCCUGUAUUAGUUCCUGGACUUGAGGAUGGACUUAUUGAUGGAAAUCCUGUAUGGGCUAUAAUAUAUUACUGUUUAAGAUGUGGAAAGAUUGAUGCAGCAGUAGUAGCAGCAAAAAAUGCUGGUGACUGCCUUCGAGAUAUAGUGCCAUUUUUAGUAGAAUAUGAAGAGAAUGAAGGAGUAAGAUUAAAACCUAACAGUGAACAUCAAAUUCAACUGCAGUAUCGUCGCACAGUUCGUUCAAGCACAGAUCCAUUUAAAAGGGCUGUGUUUUGUCUUCUUGGAUGUGUCAUGAGCGAUACAAUUCCUGAAGUUAUUGACAAAACAGAUGAUUAUUUAUGGAUGAAACUUUGUCAGUUAAGACCGGAAGAAGAUGAAACUGGGAAUCUCAAUGACAAACUUACAUUUUCAAAAUUACAAUUGCAGUUACUUGAAGAAUUUGGUGAAAAUUAUUUCAAUGCAUACCAACAGCCUUUUCUGUACUUCCAAGUUUUAUUUCUAACGACACAAUUUGAAGCUGCAAUUGAAUUUCUCUUCAGAAUUGAGUCUCUCAGAUGUCAUGCUGUUCAUGUUGCAAUUGUCCUCUAUGAAUUGAACUUACUAGCUUUGCCUUCAAGUUACCAUGCUCCAAUACUGUCCAGAGUUGAAUCUGAUAAAACUCCUAUGCGAAGGCUCAACUUAUCAAGACUCAUUAUGAUGUACACCAAAAAGUUUGAGUCAACUGAUCCCAGAGAAGCAUUGCAAUAUUUUUAUAUCCUUAGAGACAUGAAAAGCAAUAGAAAUAUCAAUCUGUUUAUGGCUUGUAUAAGUGAACUAGUUUUGGAAACAAAAGAAUAUGAAAUGCUGCUUGGAAAAAUUGAACCAGAUGGCUGUAGGAAACCAGGAGCUAUUGAUAAAUUUCUGAUUGAUACUCAAACUAUCAUAGAAAUUGUUGCUACAGAUAGUGAAAAUAAAGGACUAUAUGAAGAUGCAAUAAAACUAUAUGAUUUAGCUAAGAAACAUGAUAAAGUAUUUGAAAUUUUGAACAAAUUAUUAAGUCAAGUUAUUCCACAAACAAAUGUUCCUGGAUCUAAUCGCCAAAGACUAGAAAAUCUGUCCUUGCUAAUUGCUGAAAGGUAUAAAUUGCAAGGACAUUCUGCUAGUCCUGAAAUAGCCAAUACAUUUUUUCUACUUUUGGAUUUGAUGAUGUUUUUUAAUUUCUAUCAUCAAAAUCAACAUAUUGAUGCAUUGGAUACAAUAAAAGGUUUAAAGCUGAUUCCAUUUGAUAUCCAAGAAGUUGAACAAAAAGUAACUGCAUUUUCAACCUAUCCUGAAGAGGUUCGAAGAAAUUUUCCAGAUGUACUACUUGCAACAAUGAAUAUCCUAUAUUCUGAAUAUAAGAAAACAAAGCAAUCUGUCAAUCAAGAACAAAGGUUUAUAAAUGAAAAUGCCAGCCAAGAAAAGUUCAUUAGUUACUUAAGGAACCAAGCUUCAGCCCUCAUUACAUUUGCAGGAAUGAUACCAUAUCGCAUGCCAGGAGAUACCAAUGCAAGACUAGUGCAAAUUGAAGUUUUAAUGAUUUAGUGAAAAUGAAAUUUU